AUGCAACAAAGUCCUCCUUAUUUCGCAGUUUUUGUGUGGGAAUUGUCCAACUACCCCUUUGGUCCACUUCCCUGGAAGAGACACAGUUUCAAACAGUUUUAUCACUACAUACUCUGGGUUAUUCUGGGGGUAUUGACGUUUCCUUGUGGCGUUCAGUGUUUGAUCUUCAGAGUGGGGGUCCUCGGCCCUUGGAACUGUGACCCAGUGUACUCAAAAGCCCUUCCUGACGUGGCAGCUAAACUGGCUGUGAACAGGAUCAACGCCGACUCCAGCUUAGAUAUAGGCUGCACAUUCGAUUUUGUGGUUCUUCAAGAGGCUUGCGAAACGUCCAAGGCCCUAACCAGAUUCGCGCAAUACGAGAGCUUGGCUGAAGCUUUCGCAGGUCCAGCGAAUCCUGGAUACUGCGAGGCCGCCUCUCUGUGGGGCAGGCAUUGGGACAAGGCCAUAUUCGCCUGGGCAUGCAUAAAUUACGAGCUGGAUCGACUCCAGAGCUACCCAACGUUUGCUCGGACACUGCCCAUCGCUACGCGGGUGCUUUUCAGCGUGUUGAAGUACUUCAGGUGGGCUAGCAUCGGCAUCGUUUCUGCCAACGACGAUAUUUGGAUGGACACCGCCAGCAAGGUUGCCAGUUCCCUCAGGAGUCAGGGACUGCCGGUAGGGGUCGUAUCACCCCUGGGGGAGAACUCCACAGAGAUGGAAAACACCCUAGUGAAGAUUCAAAAUGCCGCCGAAAUAAAAGUGAUCAUCAUGUGCAUGCACUCUGUGCUGAUUGGUGGAGAGCAGCAGGCUGCUUUCCUGCUGAAAGCCAAUGAGAUGGGCCUGACAGAUGGCAGGUAUGUCUUUGUGCCAUACGAUGCUCUGCUCUACAGCCUCCCAUACACCAACACCACCUACGCCAUGCUACAGAAUGACAGCGCACUCCGCCAGGCAUAUGAUGCCGUGCUCACCGUCACCAUUGCGUCGGAGUUCACGUCCUUCACUGAGGCAUUUGAUGCAGCUCAGCGUUUGGGCGAGAUUCCCACGUCUUAUGACCCACAGCAAGUGUCUCCAUUGUUUGGAACCAUCUACAACAGUAUUUACCUGCUUGCUAAAGCCAUGGACAGUACAAGGAGGGAGGGACAGCAGAUCACUGGGACAAACCUGGCCAGCUUCACUAAGAACCUAACCUUCGCUGGCUUCAACCAGAACGUCCGGACAGACAGCCGAGGGGCUGCCGUGACAGGCUAUGUAAUUCUGGACACGGAUGGACAGGGCAGCCAGCUGUACCAAACGCACCUGGUGGACUUGAGUGCUGACCUGGUGCAAUUCACCGGGCUGAGUAUCCAUUUCCCCGGGGGUGCUGCACCGUCCGCUGACUCCAGCUGCUGGUUCAACCCCAGCGUCCUCUGCAGAGAAGGUGUGGCACUCGUCUACGUCAUUGUGGUGUUCGCAGUCAUUGCUGGCUUGAUUGUACUUGGUAUGGCUCUGACUUUGCUCAUAAGGAAGCGGCUCCAACAGAUCCAGAUGGUAAAAGGGCCAAACCGGGUUUUGCUGAUCAUGGAGGACCUGACCUUCAUCAAUCCCAAGCUCAGCCGCAAGAAAAUCACCAUAGAGGAUCUUAGCGAUUCGAAAAGCAUUCUAGAAGAAAAGAGUUUGAAAAGCACUGCCACGGCAACUCAUGAAACUACAAACGUGGCCAUCCAUGAGGGAGACUGGGUGUGGCUAAAAAAGUUCCCAGAGGGACACUUCAGGGAGGUAAAGUCGAGCACCAAGAAGAUUUUCACCAAGAUGAGGGAUCUCCGAAAUGAGAACGUGAACCCCUUCCUGGGCUUCUUUGCGGACGGCGGCAUUUUCGCUGUGGUGACGGAGCACUGUUCCCGUGGGAGCCUGCAGGACCUCCUGCGAAACACGGACGUGAAGCUGGACUGGAUGUUUAAGUCCUCACUGCUCAUGGACCUCAUUAAGGGAAUGAGGUAUCUGCACCACCGAGACUUCCCUCACGGGCGGCUAAAGUCGCGGAACUGCGUGGUGGACGGGCGCUUUGUGCUGAAGAUCACAGACUACGGCUACAACGAGCUGCUGGAGACCCAGAAGGCCCCUCAAGAGACGCUCCCUCCUGAAGAUAUGUUUUGGACAGCCCCAGAGCUCCUCAGAGACCUGGAGAACUCUCGGAAAGGAACAUUCAAAGGCGACGUGUACAGCUUUGCCAUUAUACUUCAGGAAGUAGUGGUUCGUGGGCCACCUUAUUGCAUGCUGGGACUGGCGCCUGCAGAGAUCAUCCGGAAGGUGAAGAAGCCGCCGCCGAUGUGCCGGCCCACAGUGGCACCCGACCAGGCCCCGCUGGAGUGCAUCCAGCUGAUGAAGCAGUGCUGGAGUGAGCAGCCUGACCGCAGACCGCCCUUCCAGGAGAUCUAUGACCAGUUCAAGACCAUAAACAAGGGGAAGAAGACGAACAUUAUCGACUCCAUGCUGCGCAUGCUGGAGCAGUACUCCAGCAACCUGGAGGAGCUGAUUCAGGAGCGCACCGAGGAGCUGGAGGUGGAGAAGCAGAGGACAGAGAAACUGCUCGCUGAGAUGCUGCCGCCGUCUGUAGCAGAGGCCCUGAAGACUGGGGCCACGGUCGAGCCUGAGUACUUUGAUCAGGUGACCAUCUACUUCAGCGACAUUGUGGGGUUCACAACCAUCUCCUCCCUCAGCGACCCCAUCGAGGUUGUCGACCUUCUCAAUGACCUCUACACACUCUUCGACGCUGUGCUGUCUAACCAUGACGUGUACAAGGUGGAAACCAUUGGGGACGCCUACAUGGUGGCCUCUGGCCUGCCCAAAAGAAAUGGCAACAAACACGCAGCAGAGAUUGCCAACAUGUCACUGAACAUCCUCAGCUCCGUCGGGUCCUUCAAGAUGCGGCACAUGCCAGACGUCCCCAUCAGAAUACGGAUUGGCAUCCACUCAGGGUCUUGUGUUGCUGGGGUAGUGGGCCUGACCAUGCCUCGGUAUUGCCUGUUUGGAGACACUGUGAACACAGCCUCUCGAAUGGAAUCCACAGGGCUACCAUAUAGGAUCCAUGUGAACAUGAGCACAUUGAAUAUCCUGAACUCCCUGGAUGAAGGCUACAGGACUGAGGUCCGGGGGAAGACCGAGCUGAAGGGGAAAGGUGUAGAGGAGACCUACUGGCUGGUGGGAAAAACAGGCUUCUCAAAGCCGCUGCCAGUUCCACCUGAAAUCAAGCCAGGGGAAGACAAUCAUGGUCUGGCGCCAGAUGAGAUAGCCGAGUACAAGAGAAGGAGAGCUGAGAAAAAAAUGCUGAUUCACCACAUGGUUUACUACUGUGAUUUCUGA